AUGUCCACGAACAACUCUCGACGACGACGCGUGCUCUUACCCGUGGACAUCACUUCAAGCUCGGAAGAGAUGUGCGCGUGGGCGUGCGAAAAUUUUUUCAGACCUUCAGAUAUCGUGACCGUACUUUCGGUCGCGAAGAAACAAAUCGUGCCGCACGGGUCGAGCUAUUUCGGUCUGUCGCACGACCACUCGGAAGCCGAAGCCGUGCUUCACGCGCAAGAAUGGAUCGAGACGCACAUAAAACCGCGCUUGGAAAAGUGCGGGUGCGGCGUGGAAGUAAUCGUGAAAUUGCUGGAGACGGAUAAGCAUCACGUGGCCGAAGCUAUCAUUGAAGAGAGUAAAAGAGUGGAUGAGAACGAGAAUUCUCGUUACAAGUUUGAAGCCAUCGUAUUAGCGAGUCAUAAACGGGGCGCGAUUAAGGAGUUUUUCCUAGGCUCGGUCGCGAAUUACGUUUUACACCACGCGAACAUCGCCGUGGUUGUUCAACGAAUGAAAUAA